CUUUUCAUUUAUUCAUUGACAAGUAUGACAACUCUCGUAUCUCAGCACGUGAAAUUUCAAAAAUAACAAAAGAAAAAUUUGUUGAUCCACAUUUAUUUUGUAUAUAUCAUAUUGUGUAGAGAAAAUCAAUAAUGAAGACAUUUUCAUCAAAACAAGAAGAACGCAAAGAAAAGAAGAAAAAGAAGUUGCUCGCACUUGCGAAAUUGGUACAACUAAAUGACAAUGAUCGCCGGGAGACUGCGACGAACCAAGUUGUUUCUGAAACUUGCGAGACUACAACCAAAAAUGACGACGAUGGAUUUGUGAAGGUGACGCAUAAAAAGAAAUCUGCCAAAUUGAUGCCCCCCAAACCUCAAACAGGAAAAGUAAUAUCGGAUGUAGCUGUAGAAGAUGAACCACAAACUAAACGUCCUAAACUUACAAAAAGUGAAAGCACUGACGGUAGUGCUAGCGACAGUUCACAGGUGUCAUCAACCACAGAAGAACAACAGCGACUAAAACUACAACUUACUGAAGAACAGUAUAAAGAGUUACGUCGCCAACUACGACAACGUAAAAGGGAAUUGGAAAAUGUGCCCAUAUUACGUUUGCGAGAAUUCGGUCAACGCGCUUCGUUAGAGAUGCCGCAAGGUCAACGUACACCAAUAUUUCUAACGGAUAUCCAACAUUUGUUAAUGUCGGCCCUAAUAGGGAAAAAGUCGCCGUGCAGUCCGGAUAGAUGGUGUUUUUUGGAAAAACCGUUACGGCUUUCGCAUAGUGUUGUGCUAAUAUUGGAAGGCCUUUCACUAUAUCACUAUCUGUCUAACGAAAGUAAAUUCACAAAAACAAAUGAAAUAUUUCAAACCCGUUUGGAGGUUGUAUUACCGCCUCUGAAAGAAGGUUCCAUUAUUGAGGAAAUGGCGCAGGUACCUCUAACAAAUGUACAAGCACAUAAGUUAAUAGAACAGCAUGGCUCACUGGAGUUGGCAGUCGAAAUGACUAAAGAUCCUACAUUAAUAGUUAAAACAAUAUUUCCAAUCAGUGAAGAUACGCCCGCUACUAAGAAAAGUAAAUUGCCCGUAGGAGACAAAUUUCCACGUACAAAACUGUUGCUCUCUGCUUUACAAAUGGUGGAUGAGGGUUAUCCAAUGCCAUUACGUGGUGAACUUAGCAACCGUUUCAAAGAAUAUGUGUUUACUAAGGACAAAUACAAGCCUGUGACGGAUAACAGCCCAAUGUUUGGCGUGGACUGUGAAAUGUGUAGGACAGUAAUUGGACAGAAUGAGCUUACGCGUGUUUCGAUUGUCAACGAAGAUCUUGAAACCGUUUAUGAAACACUGGUGAUGCCAACGAAUAAAAUCGUUGACUACUUAACACCCUUUUCUGGAAUAACAGCGACCAUCAUGAGAACUGUAACAAAAACAAUAAAAGAUGUGCAGCGUGAGGUAAAAGAACUGUUACCUCCGGAUGCUAUUUUAGUUGGUCAAUCUUUGAACUUUGAUUUGAACGCAAUGAAAAUGAUGCAUCCCUACGUGAUAGACACGAGUAUGUGCUUCAAUUUGAGUGGCAUUCGUAGGAGGAAAGCCAAAUUACAAACGCUUGCUAUGACAUUUUUGAAGGAAGCUAUUCAGGAAAAUGCAGAUGGUCACGACUCCGUCGAAGACUCCUUGGCUAGUUUAAAGUUGGUGAAAAUGAAAUUGGCGAACAGUCUAGAGUAUGGCGAUGAAAUACUUACGCAAAAGAAACGUUUACACGACAUCAUGCGUUUGGCCAGUGGUGAUAAUAUUAAGAAUAACCUUUUGGCACAUGCAUCCCAACGUGACAGAAGAACGGCAAUUAUCACCAACGGGACGCUUCAGCAACAGGUGAAGGAAAUCAUAACAAAAGCGGAAGAUAAUGAAAUUCCGGACACACUAAAAACUGUUUCCUUUUACGAAUUGGAUACAAAUAAGAGCGCAAUCAACAAAGCUCGUGAGAUAGCGCUGGAACACUCACUGACAAUUACCAACUUACGAUUAGGCACUGACGAAUUUCAGCUGGAUAAUACGGAAAAAACUGUGAUGAAACUUGACAAAUGGAUCGGCAAAUUAUGGCAAACCGUUGCUCAUAACGGUAUGUUCUUGGUUUUGAUGGGUGGUUCAACAGAAUGUGCCAGUGGUGUUGCAAAAAUUGCUAUUAAGAAGAGUGCGGCGACCGCAGCAGCUAGUAUAGCGUCCACCACCCCAAUCAGCGUGUAAUGAAUGCAAACAUGUUUAGAUGAUGUAUUAUAUCGACGAUGGGUUAAUGAAUUUGUGGAAAUUUAAUAUAAAUUUACUAAUGAUGGGAGAUAAAUAAAUACAUGUUCUAUAUAUACUUUUUCGAAAA